AUGGAUAACUUCAUGCAUAGAGGUGGCAGAAUGCUGGGGAGCUCAAAGUUAUAUGGGAGCAACAGACCUCAAGGCAAUGAAUGGAGACCUGAAAAUUCAAGGAUGGUGGAUGCAUCUCGACUAUAUAAAGAUUCCCAGAUUCAGGAAACUUCACGACAGCGUGAAGGCUUUAGAAUGCAAGACUCAAGAUUGCUUAUGGAAUCAGGACUGGAGCAGAAUUACUCACCCCCAAGAAUAUUUAAUGUGUCAGAAGUGCAGGGAAGUGGAAGAAUCCCUGAUAGGCCACAUGGAGGCACUCAGCUGCAGAGGGAGGUCAGGGUACAUCAAGACUCAAGAAUGGAGUCAGGUAAUAGACUGCAAGAAAACUCAAGAAUGUAUAACAUGCCACCACAGGAUCACCUGGAGCCCAGGUCCAGUACAGUUGCAUAUGAUUAUAAUCACAGACGACCAAAUGAUGCAGAUUCUUUUAAAGAUAUUGGCACUCAGUCCAAAUUUAUGAAUUCCCAUGAAAACAUGAGGUCAGGUAGAAACUAUAUUUUAGAAGAAAAUGAGAGUGCCAAACAAGAGUUUUUAGGUACAUUACCAAAGAACAACUCUUUAAAGAAGAACUUGGAACUAUUGUUAGCCCAAAGCCACCAUGGGUCUGUAAAAACUCCUGGCCCAAGUCACAUUCUGACACCUAGUCUCACUACCUCCACUGGACACCCGACUGGCAUUGGGAUGAGGCCCAUUGGAAACAGAGAUUCGUACCCGAAAGAGAAAAGCUCAAAGGCUUUUGAUUAUCUUAAGACCUGGAGACUUAAAAUGAACAUGCCAACAGAUUCUUUUUUGCUGGAGAAGGAAGGCAUAGUGGGAAAUCAGCAGCAAGGGGUUGAUGUUAUGCCCCAUCUUGCAUGUGAUGACUUGUACACACAACCUCCAACUACAGAACCUAGGAGGGCAAGCAUUGACCCAGAGUGGAACUGUUCAGGGAAUUCAUUUGCUGAUAAAGAAACCUAUGGAGAAAGACCUGGUAAUAAAUAUGGAAAUAUGAGGUAUGGUUCAUAUGGUGAAUCUUUAGUUGAUUGCCCUAAAGGCCAAAGUUUAGAGAGUGACAGAACUGGUAAUCCACCUUGGAAAUGGGCUGAAGAAUUACCUAGUGGUCAGAAUGAAGGUGCUAAAAGAAACUAUGAAAGUAUGGCCUUAGGACAGAGUUUCAAUCAUGCCAACAGAGAUGGCCGACUUCUACACGACACAGUACAACCUAAAAGACCAAGGUUGUCUCCAUCGAUAAUGGAAAGUGAGAGGCGAGGAAAUAUGGAGCAAUAUACCUCUGUCAUUUCUGAACAAGCAAACCUAUCACAAAAUGUAAUGGAGAGUGAUGAUGCCAAAAUCAGAAUUGGUGCCAGCAAUACAUUUUAUGAACCACAAAGUGAUUGGAUUUCACCUUUCCAUAGUAAACCUUUGAUGGAUUCUAGCAGAUUUUCAAGAUCUUGUGACAAUGAAAGUGAAAGUGUGAGCUUUCGGCAUAAAUUGCCUUAUAGGGAGAUGAAUGGUGUUGGAGCAAGAGAAAGAUCACAAACAUCUUACAUACAUUCAAGAGAUGUGAAAAGUGUGCCUCAUCUAAGCACAGAAGGGUCACCAGAACCUUUGGGAAGGCAUAAAUAUACUGAGCUUCAGGAUCAAGCUUCAAGAUUUUCUGGACAAGGAGCACCUCGAGCACCAAGGCCUAUAUCUACUGGACAACAGAGAUCACCCAGCACUCAAGAGAGGCCUGGCAUUCCCAAAGGAGAAAGAUCAUCAGAAUUUGGAAGAGUAAAGCCAUCUGCACCUAGGAGAGGUUGGUCACCAGGUCAUCAUAUACGAGAGAGGUCACCAGGACCGACCAGAAGAGAGAGGUUACCGGCAUCUCCAGGAAGAGGAAGAUUAUUGGAUCAUGGGAGGUGGUCACCAGGAAGAUUACCAGCCCAUUCAGGAAGAGAAAAAUCACCAGAACCGUUUAGAAGAGAAAGGCCGCCAGCAUCAGCUGAAAGACGAAAGUCACCACUACUGCUUGGUAAAGGAACAUCACAUGGAGUGUCCUCUGUAGGCGGAAGGUCUCCUGGGCCUUUGGGAGGACAGUCAUCGAGACCACUUGAGAGGGGUAGGCCUACUGGAAAGUCACAUGUAGGUAGAAGGAGUUCUCCAGGAGCAUCUGAGAAAGGAAAGCUGCCUUCAGAAAUGUCUUCAAAAUCUGGAAGAGGCAAGUCUCCUGGACCUGAAAGGAGCAGGUCAUCCGGAAUCCCUGGUAGGGUCAGGUCGCCAGGAGCAGAUGGUAGUUACAGGUUACCAAGACUCCCAGGGAAAGGAAAGCAAACUGAUGGCUCAGGGAGGAGGUCUCCUAGGCAACUUAACACAGGUAAGCCUACUAAAACUGUUAAGGGGGGAUCAACAGAACAGCAGCAGCCAAGAUCUGUUAGUGCAGCCACUGGUGUAAGUGUUGAUAGAAAGGGUGCUGAAGGUGAGCAGUCAAGGUCAAGUCAACAUUCAAGAGGAAGGUCACCAUUGAAAGGGAGAUCUCCAGUUGGUACAAGAAUGAGAUCUGAAUCGUUCCGUGAUGGAAAACAAAGACCCAGGAUCAGAAACAGGUCUCCCCAGUCACCAGUGAAGAGAAUAUCAUCAGAUCACAGAGGGAAAAAUGAAGCAUUAUAUCCAAGUGAAUAUAGGGACUAUAAAAUGAAGAAUGAUCGAUCACCAUACUUGGAAGAGGUUUCCUUAUCACCAAGAGCCAGUAGAUAUUGGUCUCCAACAGGAAGGGGAAUGAUGAAUAUCAGGUCUCAUCAUAGCAGGGAGAGGUCUUUGUCAGCAGAUGCCCUUCAGAGGGGAUGCUCACCAGUAUCGGUUCAGUCAGAAGACAAUCAACACCAAAAUAUUUAUCCUCGAGAGCCCUUUUUUGCUGACAGAGAAGGUCAUGUGCCACGGGAACACUCUCCCCAUGCAUACCCUAGCUGCUCACCACACUCAGUGGAUGGCUAUACAUCUGCAAGAAAGAAUGAUUUAGAAGUGGAAGGCAACAAAUAUGGGAGUCAACAAGAGAGGCUUUAUUCAUUCUCUAGAGAGGUACCCUUUGACACAGGAAGACAAAGCAUGGAGAGGAUCCACAAUACCAAAGGCAUCUGGAGAGAACAUAAUGAAGACAGAGGUGGCCAACAUAUCCGUGGUAAAAAGGGUUCCUCAGGGAAGAUUUCAAGUACCACAGACGUGAAAAUAUCCAGCUCUACAAAAUAUGCAGAGAAGCCUGAAGGAACCUUGUUGGAAGAGGAAGUAGAUGAUGAAGACCUGCGAAUCCAUCUGUUACGCCUUCGAGAACAGAAGGUAGAAAUGAAGCUAAUGAAACUAGAGGAAGAGAGCAAAGAAACCGAAUUGAAGCUGUUGGAGCUCAAGAGUAAUCAGACAAUAGCAAGAGAAAAAAGUCCUUUAGAGGAAGAGAGAAGGUACCCUGAAAAGGAACCUUUUGUGCCCCUUGGCAGGAAACAGGAGACCUACCCUUGGAAGCGUCAACACUCAGCUCCUCAAAGUGGAAGGUUCCACAGGCAGCACAAAAGGUUUUAAUGUUUCUUUUUUUCCUUAGUCCUCAUGUUUUAGGUAACUGAGCUAAUCUCUGGUUAUCCUUCACAGAAUUAGAAAUAAAACUAUAUGAAUAAAUUAUGUCACUUAAGAGGAAAGUUUGCCUUACAGCACCAUUAAAUUCUGAUGAAGGAGCACAAAGAACAUGGAUUGGUUCAUGAGUAUAUAUGCAUAUAUGUGUUCUGUGAGUAAAUGGAGAAUCUUAAAAAAUGGCAUUUAAUAAGAAUGCCAUUUGUGUUGUGUUAGUUAAAGAUACAGUAGAUGCAAUUCUGUACUCUGGAUUUCUGAUGCUGUGGGUAAAAUCUGGCAUCAGUGUAAUUGUUCAUCUAUAGUGAAACCAUUGGUCACACGAGUGGGCUGUUAGCAGCCUUGGAUAGCUCUGCAGAGGUUGCUAUUUAAGUUUUCAGUUUUGUACACUGGUACCAUUGUGUAGUGCAGCCAAAUUGGCAAAGGCCUCGCAAGUACAGCCUGUUUGGGUUUUAGUACAUUCAACUGAGAUAAAUUCAAAGUAGCACUUAUCAUCACCAACUUUAAUUUACAACCUUUUCCAUUCUGUUCAGAAUUGCAACUAUUUAUCUUACAUUUGUAAUGACCUUAUAUGUCCCAAGACUGCCAGUGAAAGGUGGUAUUUAGCUAGAGCUUGUAAUACUUUUAUGAAAUUUAGUUUUAUUCUAGGAUUUGUAAAAUUACUGAAAAUUUUAGUAGGUAAAGUUUUAGUGAAAUCGCACACACACACACACACACACACACACAUACACACUGCUCUUGUAGCUCAGUCGUAAAGGUCUGCACUGGCAGGCUUCACAGCCUGGCAGGCGGAGGUUUGAGCCCCGCUCAGGCCGAGAUUUUUCCAUUGACAAGGAGCAGUUACUGUCCCAUCUUGAGCAUGGGGGAUGGGGUGUAUGGUGUGUGAAGGUCCCAGCAAUACCCAGAGAUCGGCUUGUGAGCCUUGCUCUAAGUGGGAGGGUACUUGCUGGCGAUGAUGAGUCCAGCUUGUGAUCAGGCCGUGGGUGAAUUGCACACAGACUGGAGACACUUGACACAGAUUUGGACUGGAAAAAUAUAAUUCUGAGACAGGAUCACAUGGGUGUAGCUCAGGCCUUGGAUACUACGGCUUGGUAAACACACACAUGCACACACACACCAUAUGGGAGUAUGUAGGAAUGAGAAAGCAUUUGGCUCGGUUAAAACCUCAGCAGUCAUGCAGGCACUCAGGAGGCAAAGUGUGGAUGAACCGUUUAUAUGAAGAGAGACAGCACAGCAACCAUUAAAUUCUACAAGGAAAGCUAAGGAAUCCAAAUCAAGUACAGUAUUUAUUAUUGCAAUUUUAACCCUUUCACGCAUCAAAAGUUUAAUAAGCUUCUCUUUCCACUGCAACAUCUGCCUGGAGCUCCCUAGGGGGCCUUGCAGAAUGGCCUGACCGUGACCGUGCGGCGAAAAUUUUAUCGAUUUCACUCACGAGUAUUCUUUUUUCCUGGCAGUAUUAUAUAUCGUUGGUUUUUGAAGAGAUUAUUCUGCCUUAUGAAAGAAAAAAAAUGUAAAAAAAUGCAAAUAAACAGCGAAGUUUACCAACUGAAAAAAAAUUUAAAGGCACGACAGUCAUGCUCACAGGCUGCCUGCUGAGAGGCAACUAAAACACAGCCAAUUAUCACUUCACAUCCAACGGCAUGAGAGAGUUGGCAAUUAGUUUAUUUUAUAGGUCUAGCUUUGAUCUUUGAUGCAAAAAAAUUUAAACGCGAUUCUGAAAGAUACUUUAUUUUUGGCAAAUUAAAAAAAAUAAAAAAAUUUUUUUUUUUAAAUUUGACGCGAUUCGAGUCAAAAGCCCAUGUAGACGAUUCCGUUUUGCAGCGAAACGCGUCGUGGUGCGUGAAAGGGUUAAGUUUAGCCGUAGACUACAUUGUCAGCUGCAAUAUAUGUGGAGGAUAUUUCCACAGUGACAUCUUCAGUUUGCAGCAGUACUAGUUGAAUACAAUUUGUAGCAAAAUCCAAAAGGUGAAAUUGAAUCAUAAAAAUCAUGGGAUAGAAUGAUAGGUCACAAGCUUUUGUACUUGACAGCAGGUUUUUCCCUCUGGUGGGAUGUGUGAGGUAGGUUACAUUAGUUUAUGUUUUUGUUGUAAUACUAAAGACUGGAUGGCAAACCAAUUAGCUCCCAGCAAUUGUCAUUUCAUGAUGGUCCAGGUAUGCAAGGGCACAAUGAAAUUUCCUUUGUGCUAAAGUGGUAUCACAAAAGUAAAUGACCAAACUCUUAUUAUGACAUCUGAGAGUUAAGCAUGUCUUUGUUGCAGUGAGGCACUUGGGCACCAUUAACUGUUUUCAAAAGGCAUUCAUUGAUCGUCUACCUUAGUCUGAAAACAAAUAUUUCUUUUGGUAUUUCUAGCCAUCCACAGACAAACAUUUCUUUCAUGUAUGUACUAGCUAGUUACCUUGAGGUGAGCAUUCCCUGUUAUUAGAUAAUUAUAUCAAAUUUAUACUGUAUUGUGAUUAAUUUCAUUACGAUAACUUAUUAUUUUUUUAUUAUUUCAUUCAAAUUGUAUUAAAUUGGCUGAAUAAGGCAAUUUGUAGCAUCCUAAGAAUCCUCAGGCUUUGUGUGUUUGUUUUUGUAGUUGAGGAGAGUAAUAUGAUGUAUACAUUUCUUUCUGUAUCUUAAGUAUUUUCUUAAAGCAACAACCUCUGAUUGUUUGCUCAUUACAAACCACACACACACACUGAAAUUUUUCCACAGUGUUUACUGUCCCCCCUUGAGCAAGGGAGUGGGGUGUGUCGUGUGUGAAAGUCCCGGCAAUAUUCAGAGAUAGACUAUGAGCUUGCUCUAAUCGGGAGGGUACUUGCUGGCGAUGAUAAUGAGAUCAAGCCGUGGUGUAGAUACACACACACACACACACAGAUUAGUAAAUGCUUAUUAAAGCGGGGCAUAGCUUCCUCAUUUUUUUUUUUUUUUUUUUUUUUUUUCAGCUUCAUGGUGAUAUAACACUACACAAUUUAACAUAUAAAUACAUUGAAUGUAACACGUGCAAAUGAUGAAUAGGUCACAAUAGAAGUGCAAACUUUACUUAGUUAUUAACUCCCUAAACUACAAUAUAUACUGUGGUAAAUUUCAUCAGAGUUCCUUAGUGAAUACUGGUGAAAUAUAUAUAUAUAUAUAUAUAUAUAUAUAUAUAUAUAUAUAUAUAUAUAUAUAUAUAUAUAUAUAUAUAUAUAUAUAUAUAUAUAUGUGUGUGUGUGUGUGUUUGUGUGUAUACUAAUCAACAUUAUUGUAAGUUACCUGAAACGUUUCUAUAAAUUUGUAAUUGCUUUAUAUAAGUGAAAGCUCAUUGAAUUAAUGUCAUUAGGAAGUGUGACACGCACUGUAGUAAAGUUAUUGGUGUAUUGUCAUGUCAGUUGUUUCCAGGCUUAAGUGUUAGCUCCACACACUUUAUUGCAGAUGUACAUUACUAUUUUCAGAAAGUACAACAAGUUUUUGCAAACAUUGUGAGUGAAUAUACAAAUAUGAUUAUACUUUUAGGUACAGAGUAUUAUGUGGCUAUAACAGUAUGUACAACAUUUUGUGGUGUAUUUUUGUUUCGUUCUGAACAUUUGGAACCAGGCAGUUGUUUUUGAGUUGUAGGAAGCAUUGUUGAUUUUUUUUUCCAGGAAAUUUGCAUUUUUGAAUUAUAUAAAUUACCAUAUUAGUAAAUAAAAAUGGGAAGUAAU